CGUUCCAGUCGGACUUUUUUAACAGAAGGAGCGACAAAAGCGAUCCAAGGAAUUAUUUCUAUUUCGAUUAUAAUUUGUUCUCAGUUUCUAAAUAAAUUACACAGAUGGCUGAUGAAGAUGAUGAUUACAUGUCUGACGCUUUCCUGAAGCAAAUCCCAGAUGUUCGUCCUGGUGUACCAAUGGUGAAGCGUCAGAAAGAAGCCAUGAAAAAAGAGGCUCUACAUAAAGAGAAGAAUGCACAGAACCGGCAGAAGAGCUACAGAGAGCAGGAGAGAGAGAGUCGAGAGAGCGCACUGCAGAGCUCCAUCAGCAGCCAGAAUAAAGGCUUCGCUUUACUGCAGAAGAUGGGAUAUAAAGCAGGACAAGGCCUGGGAAAACAGGGUGCUGGACGCGUUGAGCCUGUUCCUCUGAAUAUCAAAACAGACAGAGGCGGCAUUGGAAUGGAAGAACUCAAGAAGAGGAAAGCAGACGAGGAGCUCCAGAACUACAGGAGAAAAGUGCAAAUGAAGCAACAGGGAGAAAAGAAAUCAAUAGAGGAUUUUAGAGUGCGUAAGAGAACUGAAAGAGAGGAGCGUCAAACGCAGGGCGACCUGAGGAAGAGCCAGCGGGCCUGUGAGCAGCUCGACAGCCAGAAGGGCAUCACUGUUCCCAGAGACAGCUGGUACUGGCCUGAAGCAUUGAAAGAGGAAGAGGAGGAGCUUCUGGAGGAGGAGGAGACCAAAGCAGAAGGAAGUGACGAGGAGGAGGAACUCACACCUUUAGACAAGCUGCAGUUUCUCACCUCGUAUCUGCGAGGAGCUCAUUUCUACUGUAUUUGGUGUGGAACGGCUUAUAAUGAUGAGGAGGAUCUGGGCUCUAACUGUCCUGGUGACACGGCAGCAGACCACGACGACUAGAACAACCUGGAAUAAUAUGCAGCACUUGUUUUUAAUUUGCUUUUGAUGUUUUUUUUUUCUUUUUUGCAUGUCUGUGUUCAAUGUUUAUGUGCUCUUAUUCAUCUAUUAAAUGCUGCACCGAUAUUUUGAUUAUAA